CAACACACUCUUCUCUUCUUUCUAUAUAAUGCCAGCAAAUACCUUACACAUCAAAGCAUUUUCCUUCCUCUAAUCCCCAACGGUUACCUCUUCUCUUCUCAAUCCCCCACUAUAUAUAUAUAUAUAUAUAUAAGUAGAUACAUAUAGUAUUACACCUUUCACUCACUCUCUCUUUCAGUUCAUAAUCUUUUUCAGACAUCAUUGAAAUGGCGUUUCUGGGUCUCUUGUUUUCGAUGAUUCCUACGCUGCUUCUUGUUGCGUCAUCAUCAUCAAAGUUUCAAGCUGAGGCAAGACAGUAUGAUGUUGGUGGAAGAGAUGGGUGGGUGGCCAAGCCUUCCGAAGACUACAACCACUGGGCUCAGAGGAACAGAUUUCAAGUCAACGAUACUCUCCAUUUCAAGUACAACAAAGGCAUAGAUUCAGUUGUGGUGGUGAAGAAGGAGGAUUUCGAUUCAUGCAACAUCAACAACCCCAUUCAGAAAAUGGACGAUGGUGAUUCAAUUUUCCCACUUUCUCAUUCGGGUCUCUUUUAUUUCGUAAGUGGCAACCUUGACAACUGCAAAAUCGGUCAAAAACUCAUUGUUCUUGUCAUGGCCGUCAGACAACCUCCUCCUGUGACUGCGCCGCCGCCUACAAGCGCCCUGCCGCCGCAGACUGUUCCGGCAACGGGGCUGACCUCUCCGGCGCCGCCCCCAUCGGAUAAAUCGGGCUCAGGGAGGGUU